AUGAGUGCAGCGUUCAGCCCUUCGUUUAUGAUGAUGCAGCGCCCACUGGGAAGCACCACUGCCUUCAGUAUCGACUCUCUGAUCGGCGGUCCCCCUCAGCCCAGCCCGGGACACUUCGUCUACACCGGUUACCCCAUGUUCAUGCCGUACCGGUCAGUGGUGCUCCCACCGCACCCUCCGCCGCCCCCUGCCCUACCCCAGUCCGCCCUGCAGCAGGGGCUCUCGGCUACCCAUCCGCACCACCAGAUCCCCAGCCUCCAGAACUCUUUCUGCUCUAGCCUGGCUCAGGGCAUGGCGCUCACCUCCACCCUGAUGGCCAGCCUGCCUGGAGGGUUCUCGGCUUCACAGCAGCACCAGGAGGCGGCGAGGAAGUUCGGCUCGCAGUCUCUCCACGCCGCCUUCAAUAAAUCUCAGGACAUUCGUUUGGAUGGGGAUGACGGAAAGACAUUUCUAGGAAAGGAGUCCGCGACGCUUCCCUCCUACCACGACUCAGAGCCAUUGCAGUCAUCCACAGGUACAGUAAACUCUGUUUUAACCCACGGCAAAGAAGACCCGAAAGAGGACGAAUGCAAUAGAAGAGAUGAGAGCUUCUCAAUGGACAGCGAUUUAGACUACAGCUCCGACGACAACAUGACGGGUAACUCGAUGUGUCAGAAAGAUGAUGGGGAGGGCAACGUGGAUGAGGGCGUCCAUGGGUCCAACGGCACUGGCAGCACCACGUCUACCGGUAAGAACCGGCGGCGGAGAACGGCGUUCACGAGCGAGCAGCUCUUGGAACUGGAGAAGGAGUUUCAUUGUAAGAAAUACCUGUCUUUAACGGAACGCUCUCAGAUUGCGCAUGCCUUGAAACUCAGCGAAGUUCAAGUCAAGAUCUGGUUCCAGAACCGGAGGGCCAAGUGGAAACGCGUAAAGGCUGGUAACGUCAAUUCCAAAACCGGCGAGCCCUCUAGGAACCCUAAAAUCGUGGUGCCUAUCCCUGUGCACGUCAGCCGGUUUGCAAUAAGGAGUCAGCACCAACAGUUAGAGCAAGCCAGACCAUAA